AUGCCAAGCACUCGCUCUAGAGGCGAAAGAUUGGUGCAACUAGUUAGCGAACCCGAACGUCUUUUAAGACGUAGAAAUUUAGAAAAUCAAUUAGAGAUUCCUCUUCCUUAUAUAGUUAACGAACCAGAUAUGGCUGAAGGACCGCAAAACCGUCCACUUAAGUCAUACGCUAUUCCUUCGCAAGCUGAACCUCACAAUAGCAUCGCUGCCCCCGCUAUUGAGGCAAAUAACUUUGAGCUUAAACCUUCGUUGUUGUCGGCCGUACAACAAAACCAAUUCUCCGGAAACCCCACGGACGACCCCAAUUUACAUUUGUCCAUAUUCUUGCAAUACGCGGAUACCGUGAAGGCAAAUGGUGUCAGUCCCGAAGCUAUAAGACUUCGCUUAUUCCCAUUCUCAUUAAGAGAUAAAGCUAGAGCCUGGCUCCAGUCCCUACCAUCCAACUCAGUCGCAACAUGGAACGAGUUGAAGAAAGUCUUUUUAGCGAGAUAUUUCCCGCCUAGCAAAACUGCUAUGCUAAGAGCCCAAAUCAAUGGAUUUAGACAAAGAGACAACGAAUCUCUUUUCGAAGCAUGGGAAAGAUACAAAGAAAUGAUUAGGAUAUGUCCUCAUCAUGGGCUCGAAAAUUGGCUAAUUAUCCACACCUUUUACAAUGGUCUCUUGUAUAAUACAAGAAUGACAAUAGACGCCGCAGCUGGUGGCGCACUUAUGGAUAAACCAUACAACCAAGCCUAUCAGCUUAUCGAGAGCAUGGCUCAGAACCAUUAUCAGUGGGGCAACGAGAGAACAACAGUAGAGAAACCUCAAACGAAAGGUGGAAUGUACGAAAUCAGCAACAUGGACCACAUCAACGCCAAGUUAGAUGCCUUAACUCAAAAGAUAGAGAGUCUAACCACCGCACCCAAAGCCACCGUGGCAGCAACAACACAAAAUUGUCAGUUGUGCGGAGCUCAAGGUCAUGCUAUCGCUGAAUGUCGACUUCUAACCGAAGCUCCCACCGACCAAGUGAAUUACACUCAAGGGAACUCUUACAACCAAAACCAGAGAAAUCACCCGUACCUUUCGUACAAUAGCAACAACGCUUUAUAUGCACCUGGCCAAGCACCUACUCCUUCGCCACCAGGAUUCCAAAAACCUGCUCAAAAUGCUCCUAUGAAGUCAAACCUUGAAUUGAUGAUGGAGAACUUCAUAGCCCUACAAACUCAAACUAACAAGGAAUUCCUAAAUCAAAACAUACACACUAAUGAGCAAAUUAAGCAAUUAACAAGCAGGCUAGAACUCUUGACCACUCACAAUAAGAUGUUAGAAACACAAAUCGCACAAGUGGCACAACAACAAGCAUCAACCUCUGCUCCUGCAGGCAUAUUUCCUGGCCAGCCUCAGCCAAACCCUAGGGGACAUGUGAAUGCUGUUAUAUUACAAAGUGGGACACAAUAUGAUGGACCGGCUGAUCCUAGAACUAAAAAUCCUGCCAUGCAACCCAAUUCUGAUAAGACAACCGAGAAGGAGAGUGAACCAAAAGAAAAGGAGGAUAGUGGAGAGGAAACCCAAGAGAAAGAGAAACCUUACGUUCCUCCCCCACCAUAUAAACCACCCAUCCCGUAUCCUCAAAGAUUAGUACAAUCCAAAAACGUAGGGCAGUUUAAGAAAUUUGUAGAGCUUCUACAAAAACUAAACAUCACAAUACCUUUUACGGAAGCUAUCACACAAAUGCCCUCGUACGCUAAGUUUCUUAAAGAUAUCUUAACUAAUAAGAAAAAAAUCGAGGAAGAAGAAACCGUUAUGCUUACUGCCGAGUGUAGCUCCAUACUUCAAAAUAAUAUGCCUCCUAAGCUAAAAGACCCAGGAAGUUUUUCCAUACCAUGUGUCAUUGGAAAACAUGUCAUAGAUAGAGCACUAUGCGAUUUAGGAGCCAGUAUAAGCUUAAUGCCUAUGCCCAUAUAUGAAAAACUUAAGUUAGGAGAAUUGAGACCGACUAAAAUGUCAAUACAAUUCGCUGACCGUUCUGUCAAAUACCCCCUAGGUAUACUAGAAAACGUGCCAGUACGUAUAGGUCAAUUCUUUAUCCCAACUGAUUUUAUAGUCAUGGACAUUAGGGAAGAUUCCAAUACACCCAUAAUUUUAGGAAGGCCAUUCUUAGCAACUGCCGGUGCCAUAAUAGAUGUGAAAAAAGGAAAGCUCACCUUUGAAGUAGGUGAAGAAAAAGUUGAAUUUAUCUUAACACAAUUCAUGAACGCAUCGGCCAUUGAAGAUAGUUGCUAUAUGUUAGACGUCGUCAAAGAAUGUGGAAAAGAGAUGGAGAAAGAUAAAACCAAAAAUUCUGAAAUUCUAAAAACUCUCAUCCCUCCGACUCAUAAAAAUGGUAAUGACGACCUAGCUAAAAGUUUAAAGAAAAGCUCUUGCUAUAGACUCGACAUAGCUGAAACAAAUGUCGAUAACACACCCUUUAAACGAGUACCUCCCGACAUACUAAAAGCCCACCCAGAAAGUAAUAUCGCUCAAAAUAAAAUACCCCCGGGUGUCUCUAAGAAAAAGAAAGAAAAAAAGAAGAGAAGACCUAUGAAAUGGUCUGACAUUUUCAAAUGGAGACCCAAGAAUAUUGAGCAUAAUUUAAAAGAUGUGAGUCUAGAGGAGGAACCAUGUUGACCUAUAGGUCUAGAUAGUCGAGCUAACCGACGUUAAACAAAGCGCUGCAUGGGAGGCAACCCAUGAGUUUUCUUUAAUUCUUGUUUAAAUUUUUGCUUUCUUUUAUUUUUGAUUUUUUUUUUUUAUGACUAUCUUUGAUGAUUUUGUGCCUAAUAGAGCUCCCACGCACAUUUCUCCAAAUGUUGCCGCUGGUGGGGGCGCAAGCAUUGUUCCACCUGCACACACUACACAUUUUUCUAACACUUUUGCAGGUAGUUCCUCCUCAUCAAGGCAAAGCUCCAUCGAUGAUGUACUCGAUAAGAUACGCGCCCAAAACGCACUAAAUCAAGAGCGCGAUGGAUUAUUCUAUGCCAUGCAUCAACAACAAGAGGAGAUGAUGGAACGAAUGACAUUCAUGCAAGCCCAGCAAGACGAAAUUCUUCAAAACCAACAUGAGAUGCAGGGCUAUUAUCUUAGGUGGGAGAGCUCCGUCAACAACAGCUCGACAAUGUCAUACAAGAGCUAGGCGGUUUGAGGCUUCAGUUCAACUAUUUCCAAAAUUAUCAACAUCCUCCCUCAUGAUCUCUCCACCAGGUUUUGUGCUCCAAAGCUACACUUGAGUCUCAACAGUGAGGACACAGUUGAAUUUAAGUUUAGGGGAGUAUUCUACCAUCCUUAUUUUAUUUCUCAGUUAUUUUAUUUUUAGUACAAUUUCCCUUUUCGCAAAUAAAAUAAUAGCACUAUUUUCGGGUAAAUUUUAAAUUUUUCCUUUUUCUUGAGCCAAAUUAAAAUUUUUUCCAAAGACUUAGGACAAUAGCUCACUUAGAAAGUAUAUAGGUUAAGAAAAGACGAGAGGCUAAGUUAAGGAAAUUAGGGAAUUUCACAACAAAAUCGGUAUUUUUCCAACACCCAGAAGUCUCCCUAGUAUAGAUAUCAAUUUGAAUAACCAUUGUGCCAAAAUCUCCUGAUUCAAAUUUGUGGAAUCCUUUAGUAGUUUAUCUAUCCAGUCGGACACCAUCUAUGAAGUCACACAUUAAGUAGGUUUGUCGAUGAAUAUAAGCGAAUCAUCUAAGCAAAUUCUUAAGGUCAUACUGUGG